GCAUUCUCUAGCAAAUAAGGUAUGCAAGGAAUGCGGAGGAUUGCCUAUUGUUAUUUGUACAAUAGCAAAAGCAUUAAAAAAUAAGAGUCAUCCAUCUGAUUGGAAGGUUGCAUUACAAGAACUGAGAGCUCCUACACCAACAAAGUUCACAGGAUUCCUAGAAGAGGAAUACAUGAAGAUCGCCUUAAGUUACAAGUAUUUAAGAGAUGAACUUAAGAAAACUUUUUUAAUUUCUAGUCUAUUGAAAAAUAAUACUUCCAUUUCAGACAUGUUUAGACAUGUUGUGUGCCUAGAUAUACUUGAAGGAGCUAACUUGACAAUGGAAGAAGCACGAGAUAGACUUGAUAAAUUGGUUCGCGAUCUCAAAGAUGCUUGUUUGUUACUUGGCGAGUUAAGAAGCGAACAAUUUGCUAUGCACGAUGUUGUUCGUGCUGUUGCCAUAACAAUUGCAUAUGUGGAUCACCAUGUGUUUACAGUGAGGAAUGAUUUUGAACGAGAAUGGAAGGAUAGAGAUAAACUCAAGAAAUGCACAAAAAUCUCCUUGCCUGGCAAUAGUCUUAUUAUUAGUCAGCUUUGGCCUAAUUAUUUUGAUUGUCCAAAUCUUGAAUAUUUCUAUAUGACUAAUAUGUGGAAGUCUUCUUUCAAAUUCCCAGAGGACAUCUUCAUAGUGAUGCCAAAGCUCAGAGUAAUGAAUUUAGAUGGAUUACAACAAUCGUCAUUGUUGUCAUCAAUUGAUCUUCUAACAAACCUUCAAUCUUUGUGUUUAGAUAAUAGCGAAGUUAAAGAUUUUGCUAUUAUUGGAAAGCUAACGACACUAAAAGUUCUUAGCUUGCAAAACUCAAUUAUUGAGGAGUUUCCUAUAGAAUUGGGUCAAUUGAUUCAAUUAAGGUUGUUAGAUUUAAGCAAAUGUUGGAAAUUGAAAGUUGUUGCUCCAAAUGUGAUAUCACAAUUAUCCCAAUUGGAAGAGUUUUAUAUAAAGGGAUGCCCUAUUAAGUGGAAGCAUGAAGUACUCGAGGAAAUGAAAGUCUUGUCUAAUCUCACUAGUUUAUCAUUGGAUAUUGAUUUUAACAAUGUGUUGCCUAAAGACUUUUUUUCCAAAGAGCUUAAAAGGUACAAAAUAUCAAUUGGCCAAUGGGAGUUUCAUUGCCAAUUGGAGUGUUUGAGGAUAUUACAAUUUAAAUUUAAUUCUACCAUCUGCUUAGAAAAAUUACACGGAAUCAAGAAUGUUGAAGUUUUGCAGUUGGAUGAAUCUUCAGAUGAAGAGAAUGAUACUAAGGCUUCAAAAGUUAUUUUGCAAUCUAAUGAAACUAGACCACUUUUUAACAAAAAGGUUAUUUUCACCGAUUUGAUGAGUUUGGAAUUGAUCAAUAUUAGUUUUGGAAAGAUUUGGGAGAGCCAACUUUCAACUUCUUCUUAUGAAAAUUUGGCACAGUUGUUUUUGAACCGAUGCAAUAAAAUAAAGUAUGUGUUUUCGUUUUCCAUAGCCAAAAACCUCCAGCAACUCCGAUACCUUAAGAUAGAGAAUUGUAAGGCUUUGGAGAAGAUUGUUGAAGGAGAAGAAGGAACAAAAAUUGUUAAUUCUAUAUUUCCACAAAUAACUCAAUUGGUGCUUCAAAAUUUACCCAAACUUACUGUUUUCUAUCAAGGAACGCAUGCUUUGGAAUUGUCAAUGCUAAAAACAUUGCAGAUAGACAAUUGUCGAAACUUCACUUCAAUAUGUCAAGACUUUCAAGAUAAUAAUAAGGAGGGUGAAGUUCAAGUUUUAGAGUCAAAAUCCAUUUGCUUGGAGCAUAAAAUUAAUUCUGAUUUGGAGGAAAUUACAUUGGAAGAUUAUUGGGAAGGGGAUGUGAGAGAGAUCAAUUGGUUGAGUGAAUCUAAAACUCUUUGUAUCUCCAAUGCAAAUAUUUCAGUUGGACUCCUUCAAAGAUUUUAUAAUCUUGAAGUUCUAUUUGUAGAUUCCAAUGAUAGAUCGAUGAGUCUACUAUCAUUCUCAGCCUAUUUCCAAAAUCUUAAAGUUUUGGAAAUAAGACAUUGCUCCGGAUUGAUAAAGAGGUUAAUAACACCUUCAAUGAUUAAAAGCUUGGUGCAACUGAGAGAAAUGAGUAUAGACAAUUAUGGAUUGCUUACUGAAAUAGUAGAAAAUGAGGGAGAUGAAACAACAACUGAAAUUGUUUUUAACAAUUUGAACAAGUUAUCACUUCAAUACUUAAAUUGUCUUACAUGCUUUUCUUCUGGAAAUUAUUCUUUCAAUUUUCCAUCUUUGGAAGAGUUAAUUAUAGAAGAUUGUCCCAAUAUGAAGACUUUUUCUUCAAGAAGCUUAAGCACACCAAAGUUGUGCAAUGUCCAUUUUAGGAUGUUUUGUGAAGAUGAGAUGAAGCUAUUUGAGAUUGGGGAGAAUGACUUGAAUACAAUUAUACAAGAAGCAAGCAAUAAAAAGGUUAACACUGAUCUGAGGAAAUUGACAUUAAAUGGAAGAGAUAUUAUGUCAAUUUGGAAAGGAGAGUUUGAAGAGAAUUUUGUUAAAGUAGAAACUCUUGAAUUGGUUAAGGAUGAAUAUGCAUAUAUUCCAAUUCAAAUCCUUCUUAAAUUUGUCAGUCUUGAAAUACUUAUAUUAGAAGUGAGUUCAUAUGAAGAGAUAUUCUCAUGUGGAGAAGGUGAAGAACAUGUUCGAGCACUUGCAAAAUUAAAAGUUUUACUAUUGUGUGGACUUUUUAAUUUAAAAUGCAUUUGGAAACGAGACUUUCAGUUCAAAUCUAUUCUUCAAAAUCUUCGUUCAUUAUUGGUAGUAUAUUGUCACAAUUUGAUGACUGUGUUGCCACCUUCAUCAUCUUUUGAAAAUCUAACGACUUUGGAGGUAUGGUUUUGUAAUGGAGUGCAAAACUUAAUUGCACCUUCAACAGCCAAAAGUCUAGUAUGCUUAGAAAAGUUGAAAAUAAGAGAAUGUGAAAUGAUGAUAGAAGUAUUAGCAAAUGAAGAAGAUAUAGAGGAAGAUGAAAUUGUUUUUCAGAAACUUAAGAAGUUGACCUUGUUUAAAUUAGAAAGUCUCACAUGUUUCUAUUCUGGGAAUUACUCCCUAAAUUUCCCAUUUUUGGAAUCAUUAAAUGUGUCUAAAUGCUUCAAGAUGAAGACUUUCUCCAGAGAAAGUUUAAAAAUGCCACGGCUACAAAAAGUGAAUGGGAAAGUUUGUAUAAAUGACCUUAAUUCAGUCAUACAACAAUUACAAAAUGAUUGUUCAAAGUUCUGUGAUAGAAUAACAAAAGAAUUAGAAGAAGAACUAGAAGAAGGACUAGAAGAAAAAUGGAAGUCAUGUGGCCCCCUCUACAGUCUCUCCCAUGCUCUAUUUCUCAAACAUGAGGCGAAGAAUAGGAAGUUGACGACGAGCAUGGAAGAUGAAGAAGAAAGCAGCAAUGUUUAAAGGGUUGCCAAAUGAUCAAUUGAUGACGGCAACAACAGUUGAAGUUUGUCAAUGAAAGUUUCAGGUAACAAGGAAAAAGUUUCCUACUGGUUAGAUGAGUUUGUUCCCCAGAAAACGUCAGCUUAUAUAAGCCAAGAAGAUCUGCAUAUAGUAGAAAUGACUGAGGGAAACAUUUGAACUUUGUGCCCAAUGUCUUGGUGUUGGAAACCAAAUCUGAUGAUGGAAGUCAGUAAAAGAGAGGAGGCAGGAAUUGUUCCGGAUCCAGAUGUAGCUACUUACAUGAAGGAGAGGUGGUUGGUCCCACAAAAGCCUUAUUUAUGGAUGAAAUAUCAAAUGGUUUAAACAGUUCAACUGCAUAUCAGAUUGUUGUUUGGCCAUAGCAGCAGAAGGAAAAGUUGUGUAUGAAGAACAACGCAAUAAAUUUGUAGAAUUUUUCGGGGACUGUGGAUUCAAGUGUCCUCAAAGAAAAUCUGUAAUUGACUUUCUUCAGGAGAAAAGAUCGAGCACAAUACUGGUACCGCACUGAUUCUAUGUGGCAUUGAGAAAAGUCAUUCCUUCAAUGUUAUGCUAUGACAGCUGUUCGAAUUCAAUGCUACUCAAGUUUGUUCAAUGUUCACCCAGUCGAAUUCAAAUGCUGCCCCCUGAUAAUCUUGUGUGAUGAUUUUGCAAGAAAAGUUGGACAAUAUUCAAGGAAGUCAAGAUUCCAAUGACGGUAAACUUGUGAAGGAGAAGUCUAAGAAUUCACCUUCCAAAGGCGGGAUGGUCUUACCUUUUAAACUCUAAUCAGUAAUAAUUCAGGAUAUGAACUAUUAUGUUGACUUCCCUGCGGUACUCAUUAUUAGCCAUUAUACAUUCACAAUCGGUUAUUUUCAUUGCAUGAUAUUUAAAGGCAUCAGAUCUCAUACCUUCAUUUUGGCAUGUUUUGUCUUUAAUUUGCCUUCUACUUCCCUUUGGUUUUAGGAGAAGAAGAAAAUCCCAACUGCUCUCUGAUAUAUCUGUUGGAUUAAUGCUUGGUGUGCUAAUGGCAUUGACGGGUGUUAGUGAAGCUGGAAAAUCCACUCUUCUAGGUUUUGGCCAAACGAUGUUGUGUCAAUGACAAACUCGUGGUUCUUGCUUUAAUCUCUUAUGAAUUAAUAAAUAAGGGUUUGCCAGUACUGAAAGCUCUGAGCUCAUUCUCCUUGAAAACUGAACUGAGGUCAUCCAAUUGUCAUGAAUUGACUAAUCUGUGUUUGUUUUUCAGUAAAAUAUUAUUGACCAGAAGGGCAGAUCCUAUAGAGGACCCAAGCUUACAUUCCCCAAGUUUUGGACGCAGUCCUUCUCAGAAUGAAGCUGGGACAAGUGAUAACAUGGAUUAGAGGUAGAAGAUCAAGAUACAACAAAGCCAAAUAAUGGAAGUGUUUAUAAAUUAACAAUUUCAAAUAUUGAAACUGUGUUCAAAGAAUCUCGUAAGUCCACCAUGGGUGCUGGUGAGGGAGAUCAAUUCAAUGAUGUGGAAGCUGGUUCAUGCUCAUUCUAUGAACUGUACAUAUUUUGAGUAGGCAUGCCUUUUAGUUUAUUGAGGCUCGAGGCAUCGGCUAUAGACUAUAGUUCUGCAGUUGUUUCCUUA